GUAGGGCUGCCCGCUUGGCGCCCAGUGGGCGCGCGUGGCGGGGGCGCGCGGGGUCUCCAGUGGGAACCGCGCGUUCCCUGUCGCUGGCGGCCGAGAGGGCGAAGGGGUGGGGAUGGGGGGGGGGGCGGGGGGGAGAGCGGCCUGCUCCUCCCCCCUCCCCUCCCGCCUCUGCCUCUGCCCCUGCCCCGGGGCGGCGGGUGGCGCUGGCCGCGGCGGGUCGGGGCUCAGUGUCCUUGUGCGGAAAUGACACACGGUCCCGUCACGUCACGCGAGAGCGCAGCGCGCGGACCCUCGCACACAAAGAGCGGGGGGGGAGACGCGGGCACCAGCGGCGGCCGCUCCAGCCGCCCCCGCCGUCCCGGGGCUCCCGUGCCCACGCGCGGAGCUGAGUAAAAAUUCCUAAAAAUAAUGUUGUGAAAGUAGAAACAGAAAAUGAAGAUGAAGCUCUAGACUGCUCAGUAUCAUCCAGAUCUGCCGAGAAGCACUCACUGGAUGGCACAGGUACUUUCCUGCAGGAUUCCAACAAACGGAAGCAGACCUCACUUGGUUGCGAUGGAAGCCAGCAAGAUGUCUUACCCAGCGUGAAGAAAAGACGCUUUACACAAGAGCCAUAGCUCUUCAUAUUUCCUUUUCUUAACUGUCGUCUCUCUGACUUCUUGGGGCUGCUUUUUUCCCUGAAUGCCUGUGGGUCCCCUUUCAAACUUGAAAACCAGAGAUACUGGCUCACCCACUCAGGUAAAUACAGAGCAGGCAAACAAGAACAAGAAUUCUAACGUAACGUGGCUCUGUGAAGAAGAAUCUUUCAGUGACAUAACCACUCCAUCUUACAAAAAACCUCUCUAUGGCAUCUCACACAAAAUCACAGAGAAGAAGAACCCACCAGGAGCAGAGCAGUUUGCUUCCUAUGAGUUGUUUGAAAAAAUCAACCCCAGCAGUCCCUUGCCUCUUCGGACUUUGAAUGACCAACGCAAAAGGGACUCGGCUGCAGCCAUUGCUGUAACAGCAGCCACCACAGAUUCUGACCCAAAUAUAUAUUCUUUGAUACAGAAAAUGUUCUACACACUUAACACCCUCAAUACCAAUAUGACUCAGCUUCACAGUAAAGUUGACCUGUUGUCUCUGGAGGUUAGCAGAAUUAAAAAACAAGUCAGUCCAGCAGAGUCUGUUGCAGACUUCAAGCCUCCCCCGGAGUACCAGCUGACUUCUGCGGAGCUCAAACAAAUCAUGGAUCAGAGCACAUCAGGUGGAGACCUUGCUUGCCGGCUGUUGGUGCAGCUCUUCCCAGAGCUUUUCAGCGAUGAUGAGUUCAGCAGAAGCUGCAGCGCAUGCGGCUUUCUCAACAAGAGGAAACUUGAAUCUCUUCAUCUGCAGCUGAUCCGUAACUAUGUGGAAGUUUGUUAUCCUUCUGUGAAGAAUACAGCUGUGUGGCAGGUGGAAUGUUUGCCUCAAGUCAAUGAUUUUUUCAAUAGAUUUUGGGCUCAAAGGGAAAUGGAAAACAGUCAGCAGAACGUGCAGUCGUCCAGUUUUUAUGAGACUGAGCAAGUCGAAUCCUCUCAUUUUAUUGAUGAUAAAGAGCAGGAUGAAGCUUUGUCCUUAGACAGGAGUAGUGCCAUUGCCUCAGAUUACAUGCUGGAUGCUCAGGAUCUCAAUGAAUUUUUAGAUGAAGCUUCUUCUCCAGGGGAGUUUUCUGUUUUCUUGUUGCACCGAUUGUUUCCAGAACUCUUUGACCACAGAAAAUUAGCUGAAAGGUACAGCUGCUUUGGAGACUCCGGAAGACAGCUGCUGGAUCCUCAUCGGCUUCAAAUAAUCCGUAGGUACACUGAAAUUUACUUUCCAGAUGUACAAGAAGAAGAAGCCUGGUUGCAGCAAUGUGUGCAGCGAAUAAACGAUGAGCUAGAAAACACAUAUAUGGAUGGAAGUGAAUGUGAUCAGAUGAGAGAUGACUAUUAUGAUUCUUCUAGUUUACCAGAUGAUGUGUCAAUCAUAAAAGUGGAAGACAGUUUUGAAUAUGAAAAACCAGGUAGACGCUCAAAAAAAAUUUGGCUUGUACCCAUAGACUUCGACAAACUUGACUUUCCCCCUCCCGAUUUUGAUGUCCCUGUCCCGGAUUACCUGUUGAACAAAGAACAGAUUAAAAGCAUAUAUGAAAGCAGCCUUUCCAUAGGCAACUUUGCCUCUCGAUUGCUUGUUCUCUUAUUUCCUGAACUGUUUACUCAUGAAAACUUACGGAAGCAAUACAACUGUAGUGGAUCUUUAGGCAAGAAACAGCUUGACCCCACUAGAAUUAAAUUAAUUCGACAUUAUGUGCAGAUACUGUAUCCCAGAGCAAAGAAUGACAGAGUGUGGACACUGGAGUUUGUUGGGAAGCUUGAUGAGCGGUGUCGACGUAGAGACACGGAGCAAAGGCGCUCGUACCAACAGCAACGGAGAAUCCAUGUGCCAGGGCCCGACAGGAGGGAAUUUCUCAGCUAUGUAAUAAACCCUGAGAGGUUUCGAGAGGAAUUUGAAGGGCCACCACUGCCGCCAGAAAGAAGCAGCAAGGAUUUUUGCAAGAUACCGCUUGAUGAGCUCGUUGUUCCAAAUCCAGACUUCCCUGUGCCUUCUCUGUAUUUGCUGUCUGAUAAGGAGGUAAGAGAGAUAGUGCAGCAGAGCCUGUCAGUCGGCAACUUUGCUGCCAGGCUUCUUGUAAGACUCUUUCCUGAACUCUUUACUCCAGAGAAUCUCAGGCUGCAAUACAACCAUUCAGGUGCUUGUAACAAAAAACAGCUCGAUCCUAUCAGACUGAGACUGAUACGUCAUUACGUGGAGGCAGUUUACCCUGUGGAGAAAAUGGAAGAAGUAUGGCAUUAUGAAUGUAUACCGAGCAUUGAUGAAAGAUGCCGGCGUCCUAACAGAAAAAAGUGUGAUAUACUGAAAAAAGCAAAGAAAACAAAAAAAGUGACAGAUUCUUUAAAUUCCUAAGACUUUGACCACUAAAUUAUUGUCAGGAUUAUGCUUUGGUUUAGACUGAGGGGCCUGUCAAGAGCUGAGGGUGAUCAGCGUCUAGGACAGUCAGGCGCUGAGUUUGUUGCUUUUUAAUGUGUGUGUUGCGAUUAUGUGGGCACCACAGCAGUGGGAAGUGGCUUACUACAUUUGUACAUGGGUAAAGACCGUAAAUCAUCAAUGAUAGCACUAUCAGUGACUCGCUAAGAGCAUGAUUUACACUGGUGCAUGUAUUGAAACUGUAUUACUCCACUCCCCAUUUCUGCAUCUUCUGGGUUUUGUCACUUUCUAAUAAUAAACAAUUUUUUUUUAAAUCACUGUGCUCUUCAGGGGCAGUUCUUCAUUGUACCCUUCUAAACAAGUCUUGUGACUUCAUUCAGAGUUUGAAAUUUAACCUUAAUUUCAAUUUGAAAGUGCCAUGUUCACUGGAAAUCAUUGGAAUAUUGGACUUUGUUUCUACAGUAAUUGCAGUUUCAUAUUUGUUCUGUUCUUGAUGAUACCGAGAUAUUGAAAACAAUAAAACCAUGUCAAAGAAUGGGUCAGAAUGGUGUCAUUUGCAUUUUUGGCCAUCACCCAGGUUUUAUUUCUAAACCCAAGAAUGAGCUGUUGAGAAACUGAGAUGUGAGCACAGACACAAUGUGAAUUUUUGGUUGAUGUUUUUUUUAAUCUUGACAGGACAAGCUUGAUCCUGCCCCUGUGAGUUCUUUUCUUUUGUCCAGUGUCACUGCUGGUGUGACAGAGGAUGUUUGAAUAAAGCGUGUCAGAACAGACCCAGGCGGGUACCCAUGGAAUGUCUUGCCAUCGCCUGCUUGCUGCUGUGUUCUUAAAAUAGCAAAGAUAUUUGCUAACAGCAAAAAGACCUGAAACAAAAACUUGGAAAAAUUUUAGACCUUACUAUCAAAAUCAUGAUUCCAAAGGUUUCCAGUGUUCAUACUGAAUUGCAGAUAUAAAAAGUAUGUGCAAAGAUGGGUUUUGUGAUAAAAUUCAGUGUUUCAGGAUCCCCUAUUGCGAGCUGUGGUAAUGUAACUCAUUCUUUGCUUAAAUGCAGCAGCACCUGGAUAUUUUGGGUGUAGGAAUAUUGAAUUCCCUCACUUUGCCAAAUUGAUUUAGUGUAAUUGUAAUUAGUAGCUAUUUGGAGGCAUAACUGUGUAUGUAUAACUUAGGUUCAUACAGUCAGGUUUGCAUCAUUAAUAUAUUAAAGUGUAACAAAGAUCACCCUGUACCCAAUGUGAAUUUGCUGUAUGACUUGUCACUGGAGAGUGCUGCUUUAAAACUAUUUUUCUCUUCUCUUUUUUCCUCACCUUUUUUUCCUUCUUUUAAUACUGAUAGAAAUGGUGAGAGAGAGUCAAACGUGAAUUUUUAAGACAGUAAAGACAGUGAUUGCUUACUGACCAUCGCUCGAACACCUUAGAGCAAUUGUUGAUGUUGUCUGUGGUCCUUUUUUGUUGUUUACUUAGAUGGGUCAUAGUGUCAAAUUUUAAGCCAGUUCCAGGGUAAUUUUCUAUUUUAGCAUUUGUAAGAAAGUACAAAAUAUUUGAUAUUUUUACUUUCAGAUUUUUAGAAUUUACUGCUCUUAGAGUCAUACGGAUCCCUUUCUUUUAAAAGCAAAACAGAACGUUUUUUUCCUGAUGGCAAGAACUAGUAAAAGUAUUAUGUUAAACUGGGAGUAAAUCAUAAUAGUUAGUAGCAUUUGCUCAUUUUCCCCAUAUGCUAGCGACAUUCUCAAAGAAUGUAUGAAGAAAAUCAUGAAUGUACUAAAUAAUACACUGAUACUGUUUAUAUCCAUACAAAUGUUUCCUGUUGGUUUAAAUAAUAGCAGACCAUGCACAAGAUGGAUAUCAAAGCAAAUAUGGCUAUAAUAAAAAAUGAAAAAAUUUUACCAAAGAUAAAGAACUGAUACCACAAUAUCUGCAUCUUUCAUUUUAGCAUAAAUUUAGCAAACUGAAUGUAUCAGAAACCAAGACUUUCACUUGUAAUUGUAUGCUACCUAGCACCUCUGUGAAUUUUUUUACAUGCACUUUUAUGGGAGAUAAAAUAAUUACAGAAAAUAUUAACAACUGUUUAAUCUGUUGUUGUGAAUAGCUGGCCAGAAGGUAAGAAAUGCAUUUUCUUAUAUUAAUGUCCUACAUGUUUUGCCACUUAGUGAUGUUGAAGCUCCCAGAAGAAUUUGAUCUGCAUUAAGCUUUUCUACAAUUGACAGAUGUUCCUAGCUAGCAUGCAAAUUUGAGAUGUACUGGCUUUUACUGUAGAUGUUGACAUUAAGUAACAAAUUCAGUCAAUUCAUAUUAUCUGAGUAGUGAAAAAACAAUUUUCACCUUUUAAAAUUAUAUUUUUGAAAGUGGGUAUAGAAAAAUUUUAAUUGUUUUUUUCCUCUUAACUUCUGAUUGUUGUAUACAUUCCUUUUAUCUCACUCUUCACAGCCCUUUCAUGAUUUGUUUGAUUGUAUGUUUUAUAACUGAUAUCAAGAAAAUACAGACAUAUGAGUAGUGACAUAGUUCACUAAUGAAAGCUAUUUCGGUGCAUCUGAAGUACAGCCACUUCAUCCAGUUGGUCAGUCUUGUAAAUAAAUUAAAGGUAUAUUAUUUUCAUACAA